CCUAGACCACGAUUCCUCCUAACAAACCCUACGUGAUAACUCCCGGUGCAUCGUGUUACGUCGCACAACCAUCGCAGAAGAGCUCCCCGGAACGGAAUCAUGGCGGCGACGACGGCUAAGCACCAGACGAUGCGGUGGAGCGACCUCGACGAGGACGACGACUACGGCGGCGGCGGCGGCGGCGGCCUCAGCGCCCUGCAGCUCCCGCCCCGCGUGGUCAUCGGGCCGGACGAGAACGGGAUCAAGAAAACCGUCGAGUACCGGCUCAACGAGGAGGGGAAAGCGGUGCGGGUGACCACCACCACCCGCGUCCGCGAGGUCGCGCGCACGCGCGUCACCAAGCGCGCCGCCGAGCGCCGCGGCUGGGCCAAGUUCGGCGACGCCGCGCACAACGACGACGCCGGCGCGCGCCUCACCGUGGUCUCCCCCGAGGAGAUCGUUCUCGAGCGUCCAAGCGCACCAGGGAGCAAAUCGGAAGAUCCACUCAUCCCCGCACUGGACAAGGGCGCCGCGCUGAUGGUUUGCAGGAUCUGCAACGCCAAGGGCAAGCACUGGACAUCCAAGUGCCCCAACAAGGACUUCGCCCCUCUGCAGCUCGACGCUCUCGUCGACAACAAUAUUCCUCCCAACUCUGGCGGCGACAAUGGCGGCGGAUCCCGGCCGGGCAAGUACGUGCCCCCGAAGCCGAGGGAGUCGGAAAUGCGGCGGAGGAACGACGAGAACUCGGUCCGCGUCACCAACCUGUCGGAGGACACCCGCGAGGAAGACCUCCGCGAGCUGUUCGGCAGCUUCGGCCCGCUCACCCGCGCGUACGUCGCGUUGGAUCACCGGACCGGGGAGAGCAGGGGGUUCGGCUUCCUCAGCUUCGUCUACAGGGAGGACGCCGAGAGGGCCAUCGCUAAGCUCAAUGGCUAUGGCUACGAUAGCCUCAUCCUUAAUGUCGAGUGGGCUGCUCCAAGGCCCAACUAGCCUUUACUAGCACUAAAAUUUUCUAUUCCAUCCGUUUCAAUCAUAUUAUAAGUUGCUUUGAUUUUUUCUAGAUAAAAAAUUAAGUUUGAUUUAAAUUUAUAGAAAAAAUAUAACUUGAGUUGUAAAUGCUAAAUGUUAGUUUUAGUGAAACUAAUUUGGUGUCAUAGAUGUUGCUAAUUUUUUUCUAUAAACUGGGUUAAACUUAGGAAGUUUUAACUAGAGAAAUGGUCAAAGCGACUUAUAAUAUGAAACGGAGGGAUAACAUAGUAUUAUACUUACUACUAUCUGCUUUGCAUGUU